AUGAGUAGCUUAUUUGAAUCUCCUAUGAACUGCUAUAUUUAUCACUUGUCUCAGCCUGGUUCUUGGUUCAAAAAGGCAUUUGAAUCUGAGCCAUCACUACAGUCAGGAAUUAAUUACGCGGUCCUUCUCCUGGCAGCUGGGCACCAGUUUGAAUCUUCCUUUGAGCUCCGGAAAGUUGGAGUGAAGCUAAGUAGCCUUCUUGGUAAAAAGGGAAACUUGGAAAAACUCCAGAGCUACUGGGAAGUUGGAUUUUUUUUGGGUGCCAGUGUCCUGGCCAAUGACCACAUGAGAGUAAUCCAAGCAUCUGAAAAGCUUUUUAAACUGAAGACACCGGCAUGGUACCUCAAGUCUAUCGUAGAGACAAUUUUGAUAUAUAAGCAUUUUGUGAAACUGACUACAGAGCAGCCUGUGGCCAAACAGGAGCUGGUGGACUUCUGGAUGGAUUUCCUGGUGGAGGCCACAAAGACAGAUGUGACUGUCGUUAGGUUUCCGGUGUUAAUAUUAGAACCAACCAAAAUCUAUCAGCCUUCAUAUUUGUCUAUCAACAAUGAAGUUGAGGAAAAAACCAUAUCUAUUUGGCACGUGCUUCCUGAUGACAAGAAAGGUAUACAUGAGUGGAAUUUUAGUGCUUCUUCUGUCAGGGGAGUGAGUAUUUCUAAAUUUGAAGAACGAUGCUGUUUUCUUUAUGUGCUUCAUAAUUCUGACGAUUUCCAAAUCUAUUUCUGUACAGAACUUCAUUGUAAAAAGUUUUUUGAAAUGGUAAACACCAUUACUGAAGAGAAGGGGAGAAGCACGGAGGAAGGCGACUGUGAAAGUGACUCCUUGGAGUAUGACUACGAAUAUGAUGAGAAUGGAGACAGAGUGGUUUUAGGAAAAGGCACUUAUGGGAUAGUCUACGCAGGCCGAGACCUGAGCAACCAAGUCAGAAUCGCUAUAAAGGAAAUCCCAGAAAGAGAUAGCAGAUACUCCCAGCCCCUACAUGAAGAAAUAGCAUUGCAUAAGCAUCUGAAACAUAAAAAUAUUGUCCAGUAUCUGGGCUCUUUCAGUGAGAAUGGUUUCAUCAAAAUCUUCAUGGAGCAGGUCCCAGGAGGAAGUCUUUCUGCUCUUCUUCGUUCCAAAUGGGGCCCAUUAAAGGACAAUGAGCAAACAAUUGGCUUCUAUACAAAGCAAAUACUUGAAGGAUUAAAAUACCUCCAUGACAAUCAGAUAGUUCACCGCGAUAUAAAGGGUGACAAUGUGUUGAUUAAUACCUAUAGUGGUGUUCUCAAGAUCUCAGACUUCGGGACAUCAAAGAGGCUUGCUGGCAUUAACCCAUGUACUGAAACUUUUACUGGCACCCUUCAGUAUAUGGCACCGGAAAUCAUAGACAAAGGACCAAGAGGCUACGGGAAAGCAGCAGACAUCUGGUCUUUGGGCUGCACGAUCAUCGAAAUGGCCACAGGGAAACCACCUUUUUAUGAACUGGGAGAACCACAAGCAGCUAUGUUCAAGGUGGGAAUGUUUAAAGUCCACCCGGAGAUCCCAGAGUCCAUGUCAGCAGAGGCCAAGGCAUUCAUACUGAAAUGUUUUGAACCAGACCCUGACAAGAGAGCUUGUGCUAACGACUUGCUUAUUGAUGAGUUCUUGAAAGUUUCAAGCAAAAAGAAAAAGAGCCAGCCUAAGCUUUCAGCGCUUUCAGCUGGAUCAAAUGAGUACCUUAGAAGCAUAUCCUUGCCUGUGCCCGUCUUGGUGGAGGACACCAGCAGCAGCAGCGAGUAUGGCUCGGUUUCUCCAGACACGGAGCUGAAGGUAGAUCCCUUCUCUUUCAAGACGAGAGCCAAAUCCUGUGGUGAACGAGAUGUAAAAGGAAUACGGACACUCUUUCUGGGCAUUCCGGAUGAAAAUUUCGAAGAUCACAGCGCUCCACCUUCCCCUGAAGAAAAAGAUUCAGGAUUCUUUAUGCUGAGGAAGGAUAGUGAGAGACGGGCCACCCUUCACAGGAUCCUGACUGAAGACCAAGACAAAGUUGUGAGGAACUUAAUGGAGUCUCUGGCUCAGGGGGCUGAAGAACCAAAACUAAAAUGGGAACACAUCACAACCCUCAUUGCAAGCCUCAGAGAGUUUGUGAGAUCCACUGACCGAAAAAUCAUAGCCACCACACUGUCCAAGCUGAAGCUAGAACUUGACUUUGACAGCCAUGGCAUUAGUCAAGUCCAGGUAGUACUCUUCAGUUUUCAAGAUGCCGUCAAUAAAGUUCUUCGGAAUCAUAACAUCAAGCCACACUGGAUGUUUGCCUUAGACAGUAUCAUCCGAAAGGCGGUGCAGACGGCCAUUACCAUUUUGGUGCCAGAACUGAGGCCACAUUUCAGCCUCGCGUCUGAGAGUGAUACCGCGGAUCAAGAAGACUUGGAGGCUGAAGAUGAGCAUGAGGAACAGCCCUCAAACCAAACCGUCCGAAGGCCUCAUGCUGUCAUCGAAGAUGCCGUGGCUACCUCAGGGGUGAGCACGCUCAGUUCUACCGUGUCCCAUGACUCCCAGAAUGCUCACCGAUCACUCAGUGUGCAGCUUGGAAGGAUGAAAAUAGAAACUAAUAGAUUGCUGGAAGAAUUGGUUCAGAAAGAGAAAGAAUUACAAGCACUCCUUCAUCAAGCUAUUGAAGAAAAAGACCAAGAAAUUAAACACCUGAAGCUUAAAUCCCAACCAAUAGAUAUUCCCGGACUGCCUGUGUGUCACCGGGCUUCCCCCGGCACAAAUGCUGAAGAGUCGGAACUUGCUGAGUGGCUGAGAGAAAAGGGAGCUGAUGAAGACACUAUAAAUCGGUUUCUGGCUGAGGAUUAUUCUCUAGAGGAUGUUCUCUACUGUGUUACACGUGAUGAUUUAAAAUGCCUGAGACUAAGGGGAGGAAUACUCUGCACGCUGUGGAAGGCCAUCACUGACUUUCGAGACAAACGGACUUGACCAUCGCUCAGUUUGUUUUCAAACUGGAGAUUCCAGCAAUACAGAACUGAUCUUCUUGGGGAAGGGAGAGGAGAAAGGAGCUGCACUUUAAAUCCAGUAUUUGUUUACUCGUGUUUAAAAAAAAAGAGAAAAUACACUGAACUGCUUCUAUUUCUAGAAUUCAUAAGGACUCUUUGUAAGGACUCUCCAAAAAUAAUCCUAAACAUUAGGAUGCUGAAGACUAUUUUAGUCUAAACGUUUUUAUGGAGAUAUUUUUCACUCAGCACCUACUGCACCUCAGCCCAAUGUUUAUUUCACACGAAACAGAUAGAACAUUUCACGGGAUUGUGCAUCACUGGAACAAAACCAAAAUGUGACCAUGACUUUUCAGGCUUAUGUGUGUUUGUAAGAUACUCUGAGUAGAAAUGCGUUAAGUUCCAUUACUGUAUAAAGUUUAUGUUUUUUUUUUUAAGUGUGCAGAAUCUGAAAGCAAUGGUUUGUACUUACUUAUCUGUAUUAAUUGUAAUAUUGAGUAUAUUUUGUAACUUAAGUUUCUGGCCCCUAGUACAUCCGUUUGAGUCGUUUAUGUACUACUGAACUGUGCCAGUUGUACAUGCGUGAAUCACAGUAAUGUUAGCUUGUUCUAAAGCUACCCAUUGUGUCAUAUUUACUCCAGUAAGUAAAAAGACUCUUAACAGACUGUUUGAUAAAUUCUAAAGGAUUCUUAUUUUGCUUUGACAAACAAGAUAAACUACUGUGUCAAA